AUGUAUCACUAUCCCAGCCCCCCGUCAGGGUGGUCGACCUACGACGGCUACACUCCUCCAUCGCCUCACUACUCUUCUUACUACGGCCCUCCGCCAGCAGCUUCUGCCUCUGCCUCUGCCUCUGCUGCUGCUGCCUUCGCCGGGUCGCCACACGCCACGCCCAGGACCAAGAAACACGCCUACCGAGCCAGCUUCUCCGGCACCAAGGAGGGCGCCGGCUGGCAUCAGCCCUCGCCCGCGUACGGCCACCAUGGACAGCACUACCAGUACUCCUGGCAGCCGCAGUCGCCCUCGCAGGCCCAUCCCCAGGCCUACGACCGGCCAGAGUACUUCUCUACGCCGCGCAAGCACGAACAUGUAAGUCACGAACAUCAUCACAGUCAAGGCUACGGCUACGGCUACGGCUAUGGGAAACAGACCCAGUACCCUCCUCAUCAUCAUCACCACCACUACAUGUACAGACGGAAGAUGCCCGUCGCGGACAGCGUGUCCGACGGCGGCUCCCAGCCCGAUCUAGAUGACCGUGAACACGACCACGGCCAACCUCGCUACAGACGGACGUACACCUACAGACGGGCCCCAACUAACCACUACCACUGUCCCCAGACAAGCACGGCUGCCUACGACGACCCCGUAGACACCCCCAAACGCUCUCGCGCCCGCCGUGCCUCGACCUACACCCGCCCAACCCAUAGGGACUCGCACGCCUCCAAGCCGAACCCCGCGGCGCACGCUCCUCCGCCAAAGUCCCCCCCGCGGGCCACCGAGGCAGACGCCAUCCACCACAACAUCCCGCCGGGCUACAGCAUCAAGAACUGGAACCCCAAGGAAGCGCCCAUCCUCCUGCUCGGCAGCGUCUUCGAUGCAAACUCCCUCGGAAAAUGGAUCUACGACUGGACCGCCUUCCACCACGGCGCCACCGCGCCCAUGGCCGACGUCGCCGGCGAUCUCUGGCUGCUCCUCAUCAAGCUCUCCGGCAAAGUCAAGCGCGCGGACGAGUGUGCACCCCUCAUCCGAUCCACCGAGGCCCGCGAGAUGGUCGAAGACUUCCUCGAGUCCGGCGAGCGGCUCUGGUCCAGGUUCAAGCGCCUGCUCAAGGCCUGCGAGCACUUCAUGUGGAAGGCUGCCAAGCGAGAGAACGCCAGCCGCGGCGGCUCUACCACGGGCGUCACCAUGGGCCGUAACGCCGGCUGUGAAUUCGUCGACUCCAUCUUCGGCCGCGAUCGAGAGCUGGAGAACACCGAGAAGCUCAUGAACAGCGUUCGCCUGUGGAACAUGCGGUUUGACGCCAACUGCGGAGAUCUCCUGCGCGAGGUCUCCAAGUAA